AUGGAGACGAGCAAGAAGUCGUCCUCUGCCUCAUCCUGGGCGCGGAGGAAGAGCUUCUUUGCGCUGUCGACUCUGCGUCCACCCUCCCUCGACGACACUUCUACUACCAGCAAUCGCAAGACCCUCACGAAGAAAUCGACGAGAUCGAACGACCGCACGCCCAGUCUCUCGCCGCUCACGACAAUCACCCACCCGGAUGUGCCACAAGCGCAAUCCCUGUUCGAUCAGCCGAGCACAAGCAUACCACGCCGGCCGGAGCUGAGCAUGAAGGGCAGCAAGAGGCCGCCCUCUGUUUUCGAGUCUUUCCGGAAUAGCGUGCGUGCCAGCAGCGAUGAGCUCACGCCAAAUGGAGGAUACUACGGAGAGCCGUUGUCUACCACAUCCUCCAAAGCGCCUUCCCUGGUGUUCGAUCACACAGUCGACGGUGCAAGUCCACACAUGCGUGCGGUGCUGCUGCAUGGAGAGGUGCAGACCAGCGCGGGCAUGUUUCGAAAGAAGAAGGAGUACCUCGUUCUGACAGAGGUCCAUAUCAUCCGCUACAAGUCUCAGCUCAAAGCAGCAGAGACCUUCAAGACGAUCCCCCAUCCUGCCGGUGGUCGAAGSCCGACUGUGGUCCGCCAUAGCUCAGGACACGGAUCGAUGGCUUCAAUCAGCUCGCAGAGCGAAUUGCAAACUCUAUCAGACUCAUCAGGAGACAAGCAUGGGAGGGUUCCCCUACGGCAGGUUGUAGCUGUGCACAAGCUAGACGAUGGGAAGCCCUACUUUGCACUCGAGGUGUGCUACAUGGACGAGGAAUCCGGCCAGGCAUCGGCCAUGACUCUACAAUUCAGUAAUCCUGACGAGCGCGACGUCUGGCUGAAGCGAACUCGUGAUGCUGUGAACGACGCCAGGCUGCGAGAGCCGACCUACAUUACUCCCACCAAUCUAGAAAACGCCGCUCGGGUGGUUGAGCGCGAUAAUGACUAUGAUCCGGACAAUUGCGCCAUAUUCAAAGUGGUACAACGACAGGUCGCCACCAAGUCUGGCAGUCGAUCGUCAGCAGAAGAUUUGACCAAGGUCGCAUCAACAGUGUGCUUCCUCGUGAUUGGGGUCCACAAGUUGCAUUUGAUUCAGCUUGUGAAACCUGUGGCACGCACUUCAAGUCCCUCGCUCGCAACGAAUCACUCGCAGUCUUCCUAUGGCAUUCUCACUCUAUCUUCUGUAAAAGUCAGCAGCUUCGAUGACACUUUUGAACUCACCUUCCGACAGCCACUCCAGAAGCCACGGACUCUGUACUUGGCGUCUUCAGCAUCGCACGACAUUGCAGCGCGACUUCACUUCUCCAACAACUUCUUGAGACCGGAAUGCGGGCAACGUCUGUUUGGAUGGGUCGUCCCUCCGGAGGUCGACGAGCUACUGGCACCGCCGACCUCGGCUGAGACUGAGGAACACAAUUGCUUGGAUCGCACGCUCAUAGCCUACUGUGUUGCGUACGGUGUCAAUCCGGCGAAUGUGAGAUAUACCAUCAAUUACACCUGCGAAGAUGCUCCUGGGUUCGAGCUUCUUCCUCCAGUGGACACGCGACGGACGACUUAUGGACCUCUCGAACUACUUGCAAUAUUGCGAGCGCUGCGAUAUAAUGAAAGUUUUGGAAGUGUUUCUUUUGCAAAUGUUCAGCUGGACGGUCUCAACGGGCUACACGAUAAUUAUGGACAGGAGCACGUCUGCGCCCGAACGAAGCGUGGAACGGCAAUCAAACUGACGGCCGAGGAGCUGAACCAGUCUUCGCUUUUAGUUCAGGAAGUCCGAGCAUUGGCCGCGACGAGCAAAAAAUUGAGGCGAAUGGACUUUUCUGGGUGCAUGAACACAACACAGACAGGUCCCGAUGCCAAACCGGACAAAUCAUCUCGGACCAAGGAUAUCGGAUGCGGGAUUGUCGAAGCACUCUUCCCUCUCUGCAAACAUCAAACCACCAAUGUCGACUGGAUAUGUUUGAACGGGAUUGAACUUAGUGACACUGACCAAGAUUACUUGGUAGGAGCAGCUGUGGAUAAGUCGUGCCACUUUCGUGCCAUUGAACUCAACCGGUGCGGGCUGAAUGAUAGGAGUAUGGGUCUGAUUCUUGAUGCCCUGAGGGUACAGGAGAACACCUUGGAGGCACUUGAGAUUGCAGGCAACACAUGUCGACUAAAUCCUUCCGCAUUUGACAGCCAGCUGGGCAUGUUUGGCUUCAUCCGCAAGCUCAAUCUGUCCAAUGUCUCGCGAACGUCUGGAGCAGAGCCGUUUCUGCAGGCGGAGACACUCUUGAUCUGGCGCUUACAAGAGUUGCGAUUGAGUGGCACUGCCCUGAACCCGGCCACGAUCGACGCCAUCGCGGCAUACCUCGUGCAUCCCCAGUCGGAUAGCUUGCACGAGUUAUACGUCGACCACACCUAUCUCACUGGAUCYGACGUUGCUACGCUCUUACACAGCCUCUGUGCCAAUCGCAGCGCCGUACGGAACAUGCAUCUCGACAUUGGCCAGUGUUUGCUCAACAAGGGUUUGGAUCAAUUCACGCAAGCGAUAUCCGCGGGGCUGACGCCAUCCCAUCUCAGUAUGAGAGCGAUCGAAUAUCGUGAAGAAGCAAUGUUUCGAAAAGUUAUAACAGCAUUGACCGGAAACAAAACGAUACGCUUCUUGGACAUGUCGCAGACCGCUCUCCCCGGCGACGCAAGCGACGAGACAUGCAAGGCUCUCAGUCGGCUUCUUGCGGAGAACGACACUCUAAUUGAGCUGGACAUCUCUGGCGAUGAUUCACGACUCGCAACCUCCAAAUUCGGAUCUGGGAUCAACGAAACCCUAAACGGCCUGAAGCAAAAUUCAACGCUCCAAGUUUUCCGUAUUGAGAAGCAAAAGCUUGGUGUGCGCGGUGCAAGCACGCUGGCUGAAGUUCUUAGGGUCAACCGGACGCUACUCGAGCUGCAUUGUGACAACAACGACAUCCCUCUGCAAGGUCUCACGGACCUCGUGAAUGCUCUUAUUGACAAUACAUCUUUGGUAGUCCUGCCUCCGAUGAAUGAUGGGCGCACGGCCGCCUUCAGAGCUGCCGAAUCCACGAUGAAGGUCAWGUCAGAUUCAGACUCCCCAGUGUUACCAGCCAGUACCAAGCCUUCCAAUCACCAUCACACAUUCCAUGGCGCUUCGGUCAUGAAGCGAGGGCUAGCCAAUGUCCGCAAAGGGGCAUCUCGAAACGCGGCCUCCAACUCGCCAUCUUUCCCUGCUCUCUCAUCUUACGAUCGCUCAUCAAUGUCGUCCGACCCGCGUGCCAGUGCGCCGCUGUCGUUGACGCUGCCGGCUAGCAAGAUCAAGCAUGCUUCAUCAGCGUCGAUCACUGCGCUACCGUCCAUCUUUACGGUGCAGGACAUCCAAACCACACAUCGUCUGCUCACCGAACAGUGGGAUCGUCAGUGCUAUCGUUUGGAGCAGUACCUCAGGCGGAAUUGGUGUAUCCUCAAUCAAAUUCCGUGUGAGAUGGAGGUCGAGGACGAGAAGUUCGAGAGACCGGGCUCGGUUGGAUCGAUCGGCAAGAUGCUGGAACAGGUCAAAUAUGACACCACUCCGAAAGCAGAGCGACCAGCCUACUUCGAAUCGUUUACCGAUGCUCCGAGAAUGCCUGGUCAGACUGCCAUUGCAGGUAGCGAGAGAGAGAAGCCGCAAGAGAGACAUAAUGUCAGCUUCAAGCACUUCAUCCUUGAUUCAGAUGCCUCUGAUUUGGAUGAAAUCGACUGGGGCGAAGAUGUGGAGGAGAAUGUAAGACAGCUGAGGCGGGAGGCGGACACCCAAGAGGAGCCUCGCACACCUACGCAGCAAGGCUUCCACGUAUAA